AUGCCACCAGGCUCCCAGUUAGGCGGGUCUGUCUCCGGGGAGAUUGGCUAUCAGCGGGCCCAGAGCUCGUGGGCGCGGGGCAGGGGAGAGCAUGUUGAGAACAUCUACUUCCUCUGUGAGAAGGACUCCAAGUUCCUCUGCGUGCUGGGCUGGGAGGGCCCCUCCCACCAGGCCCACAGUGUGGGGCUCCAGGAUCACCUCGGGAGUUGCCUAGAAGCUCUGAGACAGGAGAGGGACAAGAUGGAAGGCAUAAAGUGUCAAGAAGACCAGAAACUCCGAGAGUUGCUAGUAAAGAUUGAAAGCAAGAAACAAUAGGUAGAAGCAGCUUUCGAGAGACUCCAGCAGGAGCUGGGGGACCAGCGGCACCUCCUGCUGGCCAGGCUGAGGAAGCUGGAGCGGCAGAUCUGGAGGGAGAGGGAGGAGUACAUCAGGAAGGCCUUGGAGGAAGUCGACUGGCUUGGAGCCCAGGUCAGGGAACUGGAGGGGAAGUUUCAGCAGCCAGCAAGUGAGCUUCUGCAAGAGACCCCACACACACAUCCUGUGGGAAAGCAGAAGGGUCCGACAUGGCGGCCCAUCCUGCAGACGGGAAAAUGCUGGCCAGAGGCGGGAGAGGGAAGCACAGGUCCUGUCUCAUGGGAGGGAUGGGUGGCGGUCUGA